GAAUAUUUACAAGAAAAUUUUCAGCCUAAAAUCUGCAGAAAAAUCAGUAAGAAUAUUCACCCUGGGCCGGAAAAAAACAAUAUUCUUAUAGAAAAAAAAAGUGUAUGUAAAUCCGCUAAAAAGAGUAUUUUUCUUUUAUUUGCACACAUUGGAAGAAAUCAGAACUCAACCAGAGUGAAUCAUAGAGUGGUUUCACUCAAGUGGCCUGUAGCCAUGCAAAUAUAUUGGAACAUAACGAAGUGUUUACAGAAGAAAAGUUCAACUCUCACAGGAUUGGUUUGUUACAGCAACAUGGCCGCCGUUUCAUUGUUUCGGGACACUAUGGUUGCCAUGACGCCAUUUAAAACGCUCUAUGACUAGCGCGUUGUAAUAUGACUCAGUGCCAGCUAAUAACAAUAAACCAGCAUUUAAUAAUAACUAGCGGUGAUUUAUUUAAAAUAAUAUCGGCCGUAAUUUGAGCUAUUUUAAAAGGAAAUCAUCUAAAUCCCCUAAAAAUGGGUGGGGGAACGACCAUCUAGUUUUAAAAUGAUUUGGAAAGGCUUCGAAAGGGUCUUCGGAAGAGAAUAUUUUAGAUCUAAAUAUCUAUCGGCAAAGGACGACUUUAUGCGCAUCUUUUGUUACAGAUACAAAGUCCUAGCAAUAUUAGUCUUAUUCCUCCAUUACCUCUCCCGUCCAACCCCAAACGGUCUGGCAACUAUUUUUAUCCCGCUCUUCUCUUAUAAGUGUUUUGCGUCAGCCAAAUUUGCAGGUAUAUAACAGUUCACAGUUGAGCGAUUUUACUCACUACUACCAAUCUUUAACUUCAUGUAGAUGUCUUUCAUCGCUCUCUUAAGACCUUUGCUCUCUUUACUUUUCCUAUGAAUCAUAGCAUUGAAUUUCCGAAAAUUUUGCGGCCAUUUUUUUAACAUAUCUCAAAAUCCAUUCGCAAUGUAAUUAGAGGUCGAAUAUCACCUGUGGCGAGGCAACGAUUGCCAUGCAUACCAGUCAUUGACGCGAAUCAUUAAUGAUUAUGCAAAACAUCGUAAGAGAUUUGUGAAUUUGAAAACAAGAUGGACGACACCCUAGAAAUGACAACUUCGCUGCGAAUACCGCUUAGAUCGGGCAGCCCAACAAGGAAGCAGCCACGCAAUGGAACCGCAGUGAAAUUUACGCUUCUGUUAUUGUUAUUCCAAUCUAUCCUUGUGGUUUUGUUCACGAUUCUUACUGAUUACGGCCAACAUUCGCUUCCGCCCCAACGCGUCAGCGUGCAAGAGAAAGUUGUCGGUAAUAACACAACUCAAACAGAGGUCAUGGAAGGCGAAAAAAUAGAAGUCAACGAUAUUAGUCUUUAUUAUCCAAUGUUCCAAGAUGUUCAUGUCAUGAUCUAUGUCGGUUUUGGAUUCUUGAUGACCUUCUUGAAGAAGUAUGGCUACGGUGCAGUCGGCUACAACUUCUUCAUCGCCGCACUUAUGACUCAGUGGGGUACCAUCGUGACGGGAUGUCUUAACCAGAUUUACGCGGAAGGACACGAGCAUAUUGAACUCAGCAUACAAACUUUGGUCACGGCGGAAUUUGCGGCCGCUACAGUCCUCAUUACCUACGGAGCUGUCCUGGGAAAAGUGAGCCGCCUGCAACUGCUCGUCAUCGGUACCCUGGAAGUCGUGUUCUAUGCUAUCAACGAACUGAUCGCUGUCGAGUUCCUCAAGUACGCUGAUGCCGGAGGCUCGAUCAUCAUUCACACUUUUGGAGCAUACUUUGGACUGGCCUUGUCCCGGGUGCUUUACACCAAAAAAGCUUUAGACAACCCUAAGGAAGAAUCAAACUACCAUUCGGAUCUGUUUGCCAUGAUUGGAACUGUUUUCUUGUGGAUGUACUGGCCUAGUUUCAAUGCAGCUCUAGUUGCUCCUGAUUAUGUUGCCCAGCAUCGCUCCGUCAUCAACACUUACUUUUCACUUGCUGCCGCUUGUGUCACAACUUUCGCUUUGUCCCCCGUGUUCCAGAGAAAUGACGGCAAGUGGAAGCUGAGCAUGGUCCAUAUUCAAAACGCGACUUUGGCCGGUGGCGUUGCCGUGGGAACAGCCUCCAACAUGUCAAUCAGUCCUUGGGGAGCUCUUUUGAUUGGUUGCUCUGCCGGAGCACUGAGCACCGUUGGCUACGCUUACUUGACGCCAUUCCUGACAAAGUACACGAAAACUCACGACACUUGCGGCGUAAACAACUUGCACGGUAUGCCGGGAAUCCUUGGUGGUAUUGCAGGCGCUAUAGCCGCCGCGCAUGCGGAUGCCGACAAAUAUGGAUACGAUGGGUAAGCUUUUUUUUCUCAUGGAAAUCAUGCGAGUUCGGGAGGGGGGAUUCUGUUUCAAUAAAAGCGAGGAGCGGUAGUAAGUACCCGAGAAGAAUAGUUUGGAAACUUGAGAAAUGAAACAUAUAAUUC